UGAGGACAGAGGUUCGACUCUGAGGAGAAAGACGAAGGGAAGGAGAGCGCUCCAGAGGAAGUGAGUCCAUGUUUUCUACCGCACAACAGACGGGACCAGGAGACGGGACGAUAUGAGGCUCCCACUCUUGUGGCUGUUAAGUCUGUUUGCAGUGUUGCAAUACUGCUCUGCAGUUGAGCUGAAGGAAUGCGAGGCAGUCGGCAUCAAAUGCCACUCUCAGGCCGAGUGCAUAAAGUUCCGAAACAGCUUCACCUGUGUGUGUACGAUGGGCUACGAGGGCGAUGGUGUGAUUUGCAGCGACAUUGAUGAAUGCAUCAGUGGCCUCCAUAAUUGUCACCGAAGAGCCCGCUGCAUCAACACCCUUGGAAGCUUUAAUUGUGUCUGCCUCAAUGGAUAUGUUGGAAAUGGCAUCGACUGCCAGGACAUCGACGAGUGUCAAAAUGAAAACGGGGGUUGCCAUGCCAACGCCCGCUGUGCAAACUUGGAGGGAGGACGAGAGUGCUCGUGCAAAAACGGCUUCAGGGGCAACGGCUUCCAGUGUGAAGAUGUUAACGAAUGCUUAAACCAAGGGACCUGCCACUGGAACGCCACUUGCACCAACAACCCCGGGUCUUACGUGUGCACCUGCAACGCUGGGUAUAAGGGCAAUGGAAACUACCUUUGCCUCGACAUUGAUGAAUGUUCAGAGACUCCUCGAGUGUGUUCUUCCUCACUCGGCUACAGAGGCUGUAAAAAUCUGCCUGGCACCUACCGCUGCACAUGCAGCGACGGCUUUGAAAGUAACAGACAGAGCUGUGUGGACAUUGAUGAAUGUGCAGGCAACAUCUGCAGUCAAUAUGCAGACUGUGUGAACACCCUGGGGUCAUACCUGUGCACCUGCAACAGUGGGUUUGUAGGAAACGGGCUGGCUUGUGUAGAUAUAAAUGAAUGCAAUGAAGACAAUGAAUGCCAUCCCACUGCUGCUUGUAUAAACAGGCUUGGCAGUUAUGAAUGCUCUUGUCGGGAGGGUUUUGUUGGAGAUGGGCGACUGUGUGAAGACAUUAAUGAGUGCAAAACACCUGACAUCUGUCCUGUUACCACUACCUGUGUCAACACCGGUGGGUCAUAUUACUGCGACUGUGGCACCGGCUUCGUCUUCAAUAACUCAGCGUGCCAAGACCUGGAUGAGUGUGUGGCAGGACGCUGCAGUCCAUAUGCAUCUUGCACAAAUUCUCCUGGUUCCUUCAGUUGUCAGUGCAUGGCAGGGUACAGGGGAGACGGUUUCACCUGUGUGGAUGUGGAUGAAUGCUUGCUGACUAAGCAGUGCCACUCCAGUGCCCUUUGCACUAACCUUCCUGGCUCCUACAACUGCACUUGCCAGGUGGGUUAUUCUGGAGAUGGGGAGGUCCUGUGCAGUGAUGUUAACGAGUGUUUGACAGAUAAUGGAGGCUGCAGAAACAAAGCUGAAUGCGUCAACAAUCAGGGUUCCUUCUAUUGCCUGUGUCUGCCAGGCUUCAUCUUGAUUAACCAGACGAUUUGCCAAGAUAUAAAUGAAUGCACAGAACUGGAUGAUCCAUGUGGAGUGAAUGAAGAGUGCAAAAACAGUGAUGGGUCAUAUGAAUGCCCCUGUCUGGUUGGGUACUACCGCCCUGCCAGCAACAUGGACUGCGCUGAUAUGGACGAGUGUAAAGACAACCCAUGCCACGUUAACGCCACAUGUCUCAACACCAUUGGCUCACACACUUGCACCUGUAAGAGAGGCUUUGCAGCAAACGGCACCCAGUGCGAUGAUAUAGACGAGUGUUCUGCAGAGGUUACGUGUCACUCACGGGCCACAUGCACCAACUUUAUCGGGGACUUCUCCUGCUCUUGUCAGGAGGGUUUCGAAGGCGAUGGCUUCUCCUGUCUGGAUGUGAACGAGUGCUCCCUCUCAAACAGCACCUGUCCUACCUUUUCAACGUGCAUCAACUCUCCUGGUGCUCAUGUCUGCUCAUGUUUGAAUGGCACGGUGGCCUUCAAUGACACCUGCGUGCUACCCAGUCCGCUGUGUGACCCUGAAUGCCACAGUCACGGCCUGUGCCAUCUUUCACCGGUUGGGUAUCAGUGUGCUUGUGACCUUGGCUACGACGGCGAUGGACUGACUUGCUCUGACAUAGAUGAAUGCCAGAGGGAAAAUGUUUGUCCUGAAAAUGAAACGGAGUGCGUGAAUAUCCCAGGAUCAUUUUCCUGUGUCUGCAAGCAAGGCUACGCUCUCAAUGGAACACAGUGUGUUGAUGUGAACGAGUGUGAAACAGGGCAGCACGAGUGCAGUGAGUCCGCCCGGUGUGUCAAUACAAGGGGCAACUAUUCCUGCUUCUGUCUCAGCGGUUUCACAGGUGACGGAAAAAACUGCUCCGACUUUGAUGAGUGCCAAGUCCAAAAUGGAGGAUGCCACCCAGUUGCCAGCUGCACUAACACACGUGGAUCUUUCUCCUGUGUCUGUCCGCUCGGUAUGGAGGGCGAUGGCUUUGACUGCCACGAUGUGAACGAAUGCGAGAAGAACUCCACUCUGCCACACAACUGCAGCGCCCAGGCCUUGUGCUUCAAUACCAACGGGUCCUACUUCUGCCAGUGCCAGGAUGGAUACCAGGGUGAUGGCUUUGUUUGUGAUGAUGUGGAUGAAUGUCAGGUGGCCACAACCUGCAGCAGCAACAUGACUUGUGACAACAUUCCUGGUUCCUACACCUGUUCAUGUAUGUUAGGAGUGGUGUACGAUGAGGGCACGUGUGUGAGUGAAGACACCUGCCUGAAUGCUAGUAAGAACUGCCACCCACAAGCCAAGUGUAAUUUAUACCAAGGUUCCUUCUACUGCCAGUGUGCAGACGGAUAUGAAGGGAAUGGCACCGACUGCUGGGAUGUGGACGAAUGCGACGAAUCACAAGGUCUGGUCUGCCCGGCCUCCUCCUACUGCUUCAACACAAAUGGCUCGUACACCUGCAGCUGUUGGGAAGGUUUUCAAGACAAUGGCACACAGUGUCAGAACAUAGAUGAAUGUGUGACGGGAAACUUCACCUGCCCUGACAACAGCACCUGUACUGACCUGGAAGGGAGCUACACAUGUACCUGUGACCCAGGCUUCUCAGGCAAUAGCUCCUUGUGUUUAGACAUAAAUGAGUGCUCAGUCGGCCUCAUCCAGUGCCCUGAUUUCUCCAUCUGCAUAAACACAGUUGGAUCUUCUUUCUGUGAGUGCUGGGAAGGUUACCAAGGCAACAGCACUGCCUGUGAGGAUAUCAAUGAAUGCCUACACAAUUCCACCUGCCCUGAGCACAGCACGUGCAUCAACAGUAAUGGAAGCUACCUGUGUCGUUGUGACCCCGGAUUUUCCAGCUUCAGUGACGUGUGUGUGGACAUCGAUGAAUGCAGUGACAAGGAGCUGGGGGAGCUUUGCUCCAAUGGAACAUGUUUCAUUCUGAAUGGCACAGAGUGUCAGGAUGUGGAUGAGUGUCAUGACCCAGAUGGCGCCCCGUGCCCUGAGAACUCAUUAUGUAAUAACACAGUAGGUUCUUUCUUCUGUGUGUGCUCUCCUGGGUACAAACCCAUCAGCGUGGGCUGUGAAGAUAUCGACGAAUGCAACGGCACCACCCCCUGUCGCUUUGAUCAGGUGUGCACGAACCUACCUGGAGCGUACAACUGUUCUUGCCCCACAGGGUAUCACGAGGAGAAGCAGGCGUGUGUCGACACCAAUGAAUGCUCUAACUCACCUUGUCACCCGUUGGCACGUUGCUGGAACACACCUGGCUCCUUCUCAUGUCACUGCCCCGCAGGCUUCGCUGGAAAUGGUUCCUGGUGCAAAGAUGUGGAUGAGUGUGUCGCCCUGACCACACCGUGCCACCAUCUCGCUCAGUGUCACAACACCCCAGGGUCAUUUGUGUGUGUCUGUAUGGACGGCUUCAUGAGUGUUGGGACACUGUGCGUAGACACUGAUGAAUGCCAGCAGGCUGAUGCGCAGUGCCACUCUGCUGCCACCUGCAUCAACCACGUAGGAGGUUUCAAAUGCUCUUGCAAUCAUGGCUGGAUUGCUACCAAUGAGCACGAGCACGGGAAAGGAGAGGGCACUCUGUACCCCUAUGGUGCAGACGCCAGCGACAAAAAAGUAAAGAUAGACACAGAAGAUGGAAAUUCUCCGUACAUCAUCCCACCGAUAGGUUUCCCCUUCCUGGGGAAACUGUACGACAGGAUUUACUUUUCGGAUAACGGCCUCGUCCAGUUUCAGACUGUCAGUGAGAAUGAGCAGCAUCUGUUCCCGUCUCCUUCCGCCAGCGGUUUCCCAGACGACACAAAUUUGGCUCUGUUGGCGGUUUUCUGGGAUGAUGCUGACCUCACUAAAGGCAACGGGCAGCUGCACUACCAGGAAUACCAUAAACUGGAUGUGUCAGAUGUCUAUUCUGAGAUAGUGUUUAAUCGUACUGCAGAUGAAGUGACAAAGUUUAAGUCUCUGACAAGCAAGUCUGCUUUUACCCCCGUCUGGAUCCUCAAGAUCACCUGGGACAGCGUGAUGCCCGUCUCCUUCCAGGCGGUCAACGACUCAGAGACCAACACUUUCCAGUGCAUCCUGGCCACAGAUGGAGCACACUCUUUUGCCCUCCUGCGAUACGGAGAGAUGAACUGGGGUCCCGGUUUGAGGGAAUACCAUGACGCUCUUAUCGGCUACACAGAUGGAAAACUGACUGUCAAAGAGACCACCGACUCUCCAGAAAACCUUUUCGGGCCGAAGGGCAGGUACAGGCCUCAUCAGGUGAAUGGAACCUUGGGGAAGCUAGGCCAGCUGGUGUAUGAUUUGACAGGACCACCAGGGUCAGACGUGGAUCCCGGAUUCAAGUGCCAGGCCUGGGCGAUGAAGGAGCCCGACCCCGCUGAGUGGACACAGGUGCUGCCUUCCUGCCCCUGCACCCGCACCCAGGCUCUGGAGGACCUGGCGUUCUUGCAGGACACCGCUGAUCCAGGUCCAACGGCGAAGAGGAUGAGGGGUCAGCGGUGGGGGGGCGCAAGAGGGCACAUUUUCCGGUCACUCCAGUCCAACAGAGAUGGCGCGGGGAAGAGGUGUGUCUAUGAACCAGAUGGUCCCCUUCUGGCCGGGUACAACGAACGCUACUUCUCCGGAUCCAGCAUACAGAAACAUAUCGAUGGAGAUCUCCUGCCAUUCCAGUGGUGCUGUAUCGACUCUCCUCUGUGCCACCUUUACCUCCAAAAGAGGCCCGUGGACCGUUGCCAUGGUUACAGCUGGGCCAUCCCUGACGACUCCCCAUCGUGCCAGAAGGCGACACAGGGUGUAGCAAUGGUGUACGGCAGCCUUCAUUUCAUCACCUUCGACGGGACGGAGUACUCCUUCAAGGCCCUGGGAGAGUUUGUGAUACUGCGUCUCUCAUCCGCCACUGGCUCUAAUAUCUUCACCCUGCAAGGACAGACUGACAAGAUACACAGAGACGCUGGGGGGAUCAUUGAAUCCCCAGUGGUGGUGCGCAUGGCUGCCUUCCACCAGGGCAUUGGCAAGAUUGAAUGGAGGUGUGCAAAGAACAGCAGUGGACUGCAGGUGCUUGUAGAUGAUGUUGAGGUUCCAAUCACAGUUGGUGUUGUGCACAUGGGCGAGAAGGACUUUGCGGUGCGCUGUCUCUCAGUGAACCGCUGUGCCGCUGUGUACGCUGGCGGUCUCCACGUGGUGGUGUGGAGAAGUGUGAACUACAAUCAGCUGUCGGCCACGGUGGAGGUUCCUCAGACCUUCUACAACCGCACUCUGGGUCUCAUGGGUCUCUGGAGCGCCAACCGCUCUGAUGACUUCCUCAUGUCUGACGGCAAAGUCCUUCUCUCAGAGGACCUCAACCCCCCGUCUGAGGAGAGGCUGCAAGAGUUUGGCUGGUCCUGGGCAGUCCCACUCCCAGAGAGCUUGUUGUUCUCUUCACCUCCACAGUCACCGCUGCAGUACGUUUCCACUGAGGACCUGCUGCAGACCAUCAGUCCUGCUGAGGUGGAAGACCUGAAGAGAACCUGUGAGAGCAGCUGGCAGUGUGUCGUGGACACGCUGGCAAGCGGCUUCGCUGACCUGGGACAGAUGACACUGGACGCCCAAAAGCUAUUCAAAAGACUAGCUUUGAUCUUUGGUAACACUCCUCCCAUAGUGACAGAGCCCACAGUGAUCCACGCUAAGGUCAACUCUCAGGUCAACAUUCAGAUUGUCGCUCAGGACCCCAAUGGAGACGCCACCACCUACUCACUGCUCUUACCCAGGCCUCCACAGGCUUCUCUUGGCAGUGGUGACGGCUACCUGACAUGGACGCCUGUCAACACCCAGCCUGUCCAACUGACCAUCCAGGUCAGUGACAAACUUACCAGCUCUCUGUUCACCCCCAUCCUGCGUGUCUGCGACUGCUUAAACGGAGGAACAUGCCAGUAUGACAGCAUCGCUGAAAGCCACCUGCUGGGAAAGUUCCAGGUGGUGGGAUGUUUGUGCCCAAAAGGGUUCAGCGGGACGUAUUGUGGCAACACUACAGACAUAUGUCGAGGCAAACCCUGUUUCAGAGGGGUACAGUGCCGGUCAGAGCCAGAGCCCGACCAGUUCACCUGCGGAGAGUGUCCUGAUACUUUUGUCUCUAAUGGAAAAGAGGGAUACAAGUGCUUUAAGCAUGACAUGUGCAUCCCGCCGUUUCCCUUCCCCUGCCACAAAGAUGCAGAAUGCAGCAGCACGAAACAAAACUACACCUGCACAUGUAGGCCAGGUUUUACUGGAGAUGGACGCAACUGCACAGAUAUAGAUGAGUGUGCGGCGCUCAUGGCCUGUGAGAACGCCAAGUAUGAGUGUAAGAACACGCCCGGCUCUUUUCAAUGCAUCUGUAGAUAUCAAAACCCAGAGGACACCAAAGGAUGUGGUGACGCUCCCAAUCCUCCAGGCUACAACCUGUUCAACGUCUCCAUGAUCUGGGGGAGCAACAGAGCUGAUGGACUCAAACAGCUGGACGACAUUCUUAGAAAAGGUUUCAGGAACAAAUACUACAACAUCACUAGGAAAGAUCCGGGACCGGGAUCCAGACCAGGUUUGGAUGAGUAUCGCAUCGGAGUGUCCAGUGACACGCCCCACUGGUACAUCAUGGACUACCUGAGCAGAGUCAGCAGCCACUACGGCAUCAGAAGAACAGAAGUUGAUGAUCUGGAUGAGUGUAAGGCCAAGGAGGAGGCGUGUGUCCACCCUGCCCAGUGUGCCAACACCUACGGGGGCUACAGGUGUGUUUGCAACGGCACCAUUGACGUGGAUAAAACCCAGUCCUGUGUAAUAGACAGAGGAAAAGUGAACAGUACGGAGGUGGACCUUGUUCUGGGUCUGGCUCUGGGCAUUGGCAUCCCUCUGCUCCUGCUGCUGCUCCUGGCUGCACUGGCCUGCUUCUGCUGCUGCUGCAAGAAGACUGUUACUGGAGACCUCCCCCACUUGUCGCCGGACUACAUCCACGAGCAGUACAACCCUCCACCCUUCAACUACUCAGAUCCGGCCCUGCACUACAUGACCCACAGCAGCCCUCGGAUCAUUGACAACAUCACACCAAGGCACUACUACAGAUAGUACAUUCUAGAAGGCGCAAACACAAAUAUGUGGGUUUAUGACCACAGUGCAAGCACUUUUUGAGCCACAGUAUAUAUUUUAUACUGACAAGAUGAAUAACCCUUAUUUAUAUUGCAACAAAACCAGUAAUUAACCCCGAGUGACUUUUAAAGUCAAUUAUUUCCAAUCCUCUCCGCUGAGUGAUGGACCUGCCAAGUUGGUGCUGGAAGUUUUUUUCUGCCUGGACAUCAGUUUACAGUCAGUCUGACCCAGCAGAACUCGACAAUCUCUUGGCCAGAGAUGUUGAUGAAAAGUAAACCACUGCAGUGGUCUUCAGCUUCCAGCUGAUACUGAGCCAACAGCCUCUUUGAUAGCAACAUUAGCGUUUACCAGAAUACCUGGUGUCAGGCUCCUGCCCUCUGUUCACAAUUAUAUUCAAUACGAAGUUCAUCGUUGUUCUUGUCCAGUAAUGUGUCCACAUCCAGCAUCGUUCAUAUUCACCAAAACAUGGUUGAUUCAAGUUAUCUAAGUGUUAUUAUUCCGCAAACACUUCAACCCAUAGAAAGUAGGUGUCACUGUUUUCUGAAAGCAUUUAUCUACUUUGGAAAUUACACUCUAAAUUAUUGUUCAUUGCUGGAUUGGUUCCCAGUUCAUUUACCACAGCGGAGUAAUUCAGUGUUUCAGCUGAAAGCUGUCUGUCUGCAAGUAAAAAUCAUUUGUUAAUAUUUCAUGUGAAUAAUUAAA